CUUCUUUCUUCUCUCUCUCUUUCUUUCUUUCUUUAUUUCUUUCUCUACUUCGUACUCUCACCAAAACACAUAGCUAUUCUCUCUCAACCAACUAAUCAAUCCUAUUGAUACAUUUACACCUAUCACAAUGGCAACCGUCACCUUCAAAGACGAUCUCCCCAACACCACCACCACUACCACCACAACUUCAAAGAAUAAAACAACCACCCUCCGCCGCUGGCUCACCUUCUCAACCUCAACCUCAUCAUCCCAUCGCCGCUCCUCCUCCCCACGCCCUAAACCAACCCGCAGACCUACCCCAAAACCCACCAUCAACACCAACACCACAAGCACCAGCACUAGCAACAGCAACACCACAGCAACCCGUCUCUACCGAAGAGUAACCCUCCCCCGCCGCUCCUCCAAAUCCAAAACCAAGACGAGAACAAUCCAUCCUGAUGACGAUACACAUACACAUACACAUACCCCUACGUCGCUACUUACUUCCAUAAACACCACUACCAACACAGGCACACCCACAGCCCAUCCAUUAGUUUCUACAAACCCAAUCACACCCCCACCCACCAGCCCUACCUCUCCCUCAAGCACCAACAACAACAACAACAACAACAACAACAACAACAACAAAAUCCGCUCACGCUCUCCCCUCUCCCCCCUCUCACCCCUAAGUCUCAACUUCAGCACACUAUUCAACCUAUCCCCGCGGUCGAAAACCAUUAAAGAAUCCUCGUCAUCGACAUAUUCAUCAUCGGUAUCGGAGAUACAUAUCCCCCCGCCGACGGUCUCGCAUGAGCAGCUGACGAGUUCGUAUGCGGAGUAUUGUGAGGCGUUUACGGAGGGGCGGACGGAGGAGAGUUUUCUGUAUCAGGAGGAGGAAGAUGGAGAUAAGGGUGUUCGGCGGGUGAAGGAGAUUGUGAUUAAGGAGGAGACAGGGUGUUGUUUGGAGGAGAGGUGUUUGGGGAAGGAGGGUGGAGGAGGAGGGGGACAAUGUGUGGAGGAUACAAAGGAGGAAGGGGUCAAGGGGAGAGAAGGAGGGGAUGAAAGGGCUAUUCCGUGCAGUGAUGAUCAGAGGGAGAUUCUACAUUGGUUACGGGAGUCGGAUGAGGAGGAGCAGGAUAGUGGCAGCAAUGCUGAAGAUGUUCCGCUGCGGGUGUCUCCCCCCGCGAGAAUCCUCACGCCUGCUCGGUAUGAACAGUCGCGUCGGGCGGCGAGACAACCUCAGCGUGGGAAGCAGGAGCACCACGAGGAUCAGCGACAUGCGUGGUGGACUGCACUCCGGGUGGGGUGGACGCGCAUGCGCCGCCGAACCAGCAGGGCUGCCAACCCCGACUACAAUUAGACUAAUUCCACGCUGCACUGCAUAAGACAAG